AUGUACGAAAAAAUAGAGACCGAAAGAUUAAAUUUCAUACGAAAUCAUCAAAAUAAGCUUAGAACAGAUAAAUAUAUUCAUUUAAAAGAUGCCGUUGGAAGACAAGAUGUUGACGCAGAUCAACUUGGAAAAUUAGUUGUAUUGCCAUCAUCUUUUACUGGAGGCCCACGAUAUAUGCAUGAACGAGCACAAGAUGCACUAACGUACGUUCGAAAAUAUGGCAGCUCAGAUUUAUUCGUAACUUUUACGUGUAAUCCAAAAUGGCAAGAAAUUCAAGAAGCACUUUUACGAGGACAAAAACAUUACCAUUGCCCAGACAUCAUUGCAAGAGUAUUUAAUCGAGAAGUUAAGGAGUUAAUAGAUCUGUUGACGAAAAGAGAUUUGUUUGGGAAAGUGAGGUGCCAUAUAUAUUCCAUUGAAUGGCAAAAACGAGGCCUACCUCACGUACACAUACUACUAUGGUUGGAGAAUUGA